AGAGCUUUCCCCGCAUGCUUCUCCAUGUUUCACGAGCCAAAACACAAACCUUCAAGCAGCCAUCGUCUAUACCACAACACACACGAUGCCUCUCCGACUUUCCAACCUCCGGGCGCCUGCCCUCCUCAAGCCCUCUCUAUACAGCCGCCGUUUCUACAGCACACCAUCAUCAACAAUAAAAGUCAGCCAAGUACCCGCACCGCACGCCGGCAGCAUACGCAUCCUCUCCCUCAAUCGACCCUCUGCAAGAAACGCAAUCUCCAAGCAAUUACUCUCAGAACUCCGCCAACAAGUCGAGGAAAUCAGCAACGAGCCUGAAGAUGGUCCUACGAGGGCUUUGAUCUUGGCUUCCGAGUCCGAUCAAGCCUUCUGCGCCGGUGCCGAUUUGAAGGAGAGAUUGACCAUGAGUGGUGAUGAAACAAAACAAUUCCUCACGCUCCUUCGCGACACCUUCACCCGCCUCUCUCUCCUUCCCAUUCCGACAAUCUCGGCCAUCUCCUCUGUCGCGUUUGGCGGCGGUCUAGAGCUAGCUCUCACGACUACCUUCCGCGUCUUCGGUUCCACGUCGACUGUCGCACUUCCCGAGACGAGGCUCGCCAUUAUUCCUGGCGCAGGAGGAACGUUCCGUCUGCCUGCUCUGAUCGGAACUGCAAGAGCUAGAGACAUGAUCUUGACAGGUAGAAGAGUCACAGCAGCAGAAGCCUACUUCCUUGGCUUGUGCGAUAGGCUCGUCGAAGUAGGUGGAGAGGGAGGUGACACAAAGAAGGAAAGGGACUUGGUCUUGGCACAGGCUGUCAUGUUGGCAAGAGAUGUUUGCGAAGGAGGACCCGUCGCUACAAGAUCAGCAUUACAAGCUGUGAAUAGUUGGGGUGCUGGCGAAGAGGCCGAGAACCUGGCCUAUGAGCGUGUUCUGGUGACACAGGAUAGGAUUGAAGCUCUCAAGGCUUUUGGUCAGAAGAGACCGCCUGUUUUCAAGGGACGAUAGUGUCAAUCUUUGCAACACAUGAACAAACACUUCUUCAUCACCACCGACUCCGCAAUACUCAUACUUUCGCGUCCUGGACCAUCCUACCUGGAUCUACGUAAUCUACACAUGCCAAAGCAGGGAGAUCUGAUUGAUUAGAUAACGAUGCCAAGGCUUAUAACGCCAACCUCGUCCUCCAGCGCAACUUCUACAAUCGUUGGAUAAUAUACCAGAUUGCCAUGGCUAUAAAGCAAAAAGGUUUCUACCUGACUAUCGAAGAGGAGCUAUAGGCCUCUACGAGGUUUCGGAAGAUUCAACAUCGAUCCAUUUUACAGCAACAGAUAAGUCGCGGAUAUGGUGCUAAUACGGGCAAAGUGACCGGAAAAGAUGCUCUUGUAAGGGCAGAAUGCCAGGAUAUAGAGAAGAGACGAAAAGUUAGGUUUCACUGGGAAGCGCUGACUUUU